GACGACCGCGGCCUCUCUCAGGAUGGAGACGUGGUCAUUGGAGGACUCUUUGUGGUGCACAACCAGCCACCUACUCCAGACCUUAGCUUCAGCAGGCACCCUGGUCAAGAGCCCUGUUUUAGUUUCCAGCAAGGGCCGUAUCGCUGGGCCCACGCUAUGGUAUUUGCUGUGGAUGAGAUAAACAGGAAUUCUCACCUUCUGCCUGGAGUACGGCUCGGCUACCAAAUCCUAGACAGCUGCACACGGUACCCCUGGUCCGUGCGAGCAGCCAUGUCUCUGAUCAGCGGAGGAAAUCAUUCAUGCAAUUCCACCGGACCUGUGCGUGUGAUCAUAGGGGAUGCAUCUUCCACCCAAACCAUCAUGCUGUCCAGGAUACUGAGUCCUCUGAAGGUGCCUGUGAUUAGCUACCAAGCCAGCUGUGCCUGUCUGAGUAACAGGCAGGAGUUCCCCAACGUGUUCCGCACCAUUCCCAGUGAUGUUUAUCAGGCACGGACCAUGGCCCACCUCGCUGAGCAUUACGGGUGGACUUGGGUGGGAGCCGUGGUUGUGAAUAACGACUACGGUCUCCUGGCAGUGCAAGCCUUCAGAGAGAGGGCACAGGGAUCAGGGAUAUGCCUGGCUUUCUUUGAGACAUUCACCCGCGAGACUUUGGCUCAGGAUAUACAACGCAUAGCCACUACUGUGCAGGAGUCUUCAGCUCGAGUGGUGCUGGUGUUUGCCUGGUACACUGAUGCCGGGGCACUGCUGCUGGAGCUCGCCCGCAGGAAUGUAACAGGCAGACAAUUCCUGGCCAGUGAGGCCUGGAGCACCAGCUCGUACCUACUGAACAACCCGGCCAUGAGAACUAUCGGAAACGGGGUCUUAGGGGUGGCCAUAAGGAGUGCUCCCAUCCCCGGUCUGGAGAACCACUUACGGAAGCUCCAUCCUUCCUUCCACCCCAGAGACGCCCUGUUGAGAGACCUGUGGAGGGAGGAGUUUGGAUGUGAACCUUUCAGUGUCUCUGGCUCUGACUCACCGCCCUUGCCGCUCUGCAGUGGGGCCGAGAGCCUGCAAGGGGUGCAGAGCACCUUCACAGACACCACUCACCUACGGGUGACCUAUAAUGUGUAUUUAGCCGUGUACGCUGUUGCACACGCAUUCCACUCUUUACUGGCAUGUGGUCCAGUAGAAGACAGUGCGAUGAACAGAAGCCAGCAGCAGUGCUCAUCCAACUAUAACAUUAGCGCAGCAAAGCUCUUGCAACACUUGGGUCAAGUGAACUUCACUACUCAGAUCGGGGAGAAUUUCUUCUUCCAAGGUGGGGACAUCCCUGCUGUGUAUGACCUUGUGAACUGGCAGGCCUCACCUGGAGGUGUCCUGACUUACAGCACAGUGGGCCGUGUGGAGGGCUCCAAGCUACACAUGGAGGAGUCAGCCAUCUGGUGGGCCACUGGAUCAAAAGUGCCAGUGUCUGUGUGCAGUGAGCCCUGUCCUCCAGGGACUCGGAAGGCCACACGCAAGGGGGAGCCCAUCUGCUGUUUUGACUGCCUUCCCUGUGCAGACGGAGAGAUCAGCAACAAGACUGAUUCUCUAACGUGUGACCGCUGCCCUCUGGAGUUUUGGUCCAAUGAUGAGAAGGACAAAUGUGUUCCUCUACCUGUGGAGUUUCUGUCCUUUACCGACGCUAUGGGCAUCACGCUCACAACAGUGGCAGUGUCGGGUGCUGUGAUGACAGCGGCUGUAGCAGUCGUCUUUGUCUACAACAGACACACACCCAUUGUGAAAGCCAACAACUCAGAGCUCAGCUUCAUGCUCCUCAUGUCUCUCAAGUUGUGCUUCUUGUGUUCUCUGUUGUUCAUGGGCCAGCCAACCCACUGGUCAUGCCGCAUCCAACAGGCAGCGUUCGGGAUCAGCUUUGUCCUGUGCAUAUCCUGCAUCCUGGUCAAGACCAUAGUGGUUCUGGCUGUCUUCCGAUCAGCAAGGCCCGGUUCUGACUCCAUGAUGAAAUGGUUUGGACCGGGUCAACAGAGAGGCAGCGUGCUUCUCUUCACCUGUGUGCAGGUGAUCAUAUGUGCGGUAUGGCUCUCCAUAAGACCUCCGCAGCCACACAGGAACAUUGGACUUAAAAUAAUUCUAGAAUGUACCGUGGGUUCCGUCGCCGGGUUUGCCACGUUGCUUGGCUACAUCGGCCUUCUGGCCGCCAUCUGCUUUCUGCUGGCGUUUUUUGCCAGAAAGCUCCCGGACAACUUCAACGAGGCCAAGUUCAUCACCUUCAGCAUGCUGAUCUUCUGUGCCGUGUGGAUCGCCUUCGUGCCGGCCUAUGUCAGCUCGCCGGGCAAGUACGCCAUCGCCGUGGAGAUCUUUGCCAUCCUGGCCUCCAGUUUCGGCCUGCUGCUCUGCAUCUUCGCCCCCAAGUGCUUCAUCAUCUUGCUCAGGCCGGAGAAAAACACAAAGAAAUUCCUCAUGGGAAAGGAACAGGGCCAGCAAUGA